AUGGAGUCAGAUCUUCAGCAGCACCCUCCCAUGUUUUUGGAUCACCACCAGCAGCAGACGAAUUCAGGGUUGACACGGUACCGAUCGGCUCCGAGUUCGUAUUUUUCGAACAUCAUCGACCGUGAGUUCUACGAGCACGUUUUCAAUCGACCCUCUAGCCCAGAAACAGAACGAAUGUUGACACGCUUUGUGAAUAGUCUUGGUGGGGGUGAUGCUGAUGCUGCUGAUGCAGAGGAUUCACUUCCUACACAGAAUCCCUCAACCGUUGUUGCAGUUAAAGAAGAGGUUAAUCAACAACCUAAGGACAUGCCUUUACCGUCCAUCAAUAAUGAACCCCUUGUUCUCCAACAACAACAACAACAGCAACAACCACAACAACAGCAUCAACAGCAAAGUAAUAUCAAUAAUUAUGGCUCUUCUGCUCCUCAGAAUUUUUACCACAACAUUGGACGACCACCUUUGCCAAACCAGAUGGAGACUGGUCGUAGAAGUACUUCAAAUCUUAUCAGGCAUGGUAGCUCACCUGCUGGAUUGUUUUCGAACAUUAACAUUGAAAGUGGUUAUGCUGCUGUAAGAUGCAUGGGGACUAUGGGAGCUGUUAAUAAUAGUACUGAGGAAGCAAACUUUUCUCCCGCAACAAGGAUGAAGAAUGCACCAAACUACUCUUCUGGACUAAUGUCAUCAAGGACUGAAAUUGGAAACAAAAGCAAUACACAGAAUGAUGCAGAAAAUGAAGGGUUUGCUGAAAACCAGGGCAAUGAAUUUAUCCCUGGUUUCCCUGUUGGUCCAUGGGAUGAUUCUGCAAUCAUGCCUGACAAUAUAACAGGUCUGAAGAGAUAUAGAGAUGAAGAUGUAAAACCAUUUUCUGGUUUAAACGCACCUGAAAAUCAGAAUGAAACAGGAGGCCAACCUUCUACUGCUUUGUCUCAUCAAUUGAGUAUGCCAAAUACUUCUGCAGAAAUGGCAGCCAUUGAGAAGUUUCUACAGCUCUCAGAUUCUGUUCCUUGCAAAAUUCGUGCCAAGCGAGGAUGUGCCACUCACCCAAGGAGCAUUGCGGAAAGGGUUAGAAGAACUAAAAUUAGUGAGCGAAUGAGGAAACUGCAAGAUCUCGUCCCCAACAUGGAUAAGCAAACAAACACUGCAGACAUGUUGGACUUAGCCAUUGAGUACAUUAAAGACCUUCAAAAGCAAGUUGAGACUCUUUCAGAUAAUCGCGCUAAGUGUACGUGUUCACACAAGCAGCAGCAGCAGCAAUAA